GUUCGAACGGUUGCGCGGCUCUAAUGAAAGCAAGUGCUUUGAUUUGGAACCACACACAGCAAAGGUUUCUACACUGCAAGAAAUAGUAUAUAUAUUAGGAUUUUUGACGGAGAGUCGAUUUGGCGAAGUUCGCAGCAAGUUGGAUUGACGUACCUAACGAAUGCCUUGGCGCAUUUUACGUCGAGCUCUUAAAUUGAAAGCGUUCCAAAUACAGCUUGGGCAAGAACUGAAGUCGAUCGAACUUCCGAAGAGACAUCGCUUCGCUCCAUGAGUUCUUGAUAAGUUCCAAGAAUAGCCGAUGUUUUUGAGCCAAAUUUUGUUCAGUGAUGAGACUAAAUUUUGGCUCAAGGGCGCUUCACAUUACUUUUAAACACACACAGAGAGUGAGACACCUGUGGAGCUACGAUAUGGACUCUUACUUAACAGAAAUCAAACAAUUGCGGAUACCGCGCCCGAAAUUUGAACCCAACGGCAGUCCGCCAAACACCUGGCACCGCCUGGUGAGGCCGUAUACGCCGCCACGCGACUAUCACUUGCUAACCAAUGAGAUAAUCACCACCGCAAGCGCGUUGCAUCCGAAUCGGAGUUACCAGGGUGGCGCGGAGGAGUUCCGACCAACGUUGCACGAAAAAAUGUAAGCAGCUUUGCACAGCACACCGCACCAGCGCCGCUAACCACGACCACUACAAUCAUACACAACCUUAGCGCCGCAAUCUUGAUGCUUUCCAUUGGUGUAAUUAAUGAAAUCCACUUGGUGAAUGGCAAGGGUGUCAAGUGUCGGUGUAGAAAAGAAAGAAAAUAUUGAAGUAAACGUAGUAGGUAAGCGGUAGCUGCGCAGGGCAUGUGCGGCUGAGUGCAGUGAGCGAUUCAAAGUGAUGAGGAUAAUGAGCAGAAUUAAUUUUACGCACGCUAUUAUUAAACUAUAUAUAUACAUAUCUAUAUACGAAAUACAUACAUAUAUGUUAGCUUACAUAUGUAUAUGCUUAUAUUCAAACGACUAGGACCAUAUGUCUUUAAUAUAGUUUAAGAAGUUAUGUGAAUUUAAGGGUUUCACCAACAGCUGGUGAAAAUAAUAUUUUUUAUUUGUAUAUUUACGGUAAUUUGUGAAUAUUGACCCAAUAAAAUUAUUGAUUUUAUUUGUAAAGAAGAA